AUGUACGUGAGCUCUCUCCUGGAUAAAGAGACCAGCAUGUAUCCAGGACCCGCAAGGUGCAGCAACAACAACCUGCCAGUGCAGAACUUUGUGCCCGCUCCCCCCUACUCAGACUACAUGGGGUACCACCACGUGCCAGCUCCAGACGGCCACGGACAGCCCGCGGGAGCCUGGGGACCCCACUACGGCCCCCAGAGGGAGGACUGGAACUCUUACGGCCCGUGCCCGGGGCCCUCCGGCACGGCUGCUGCCGCGCAGCUCAGCGCCUCGUCUCCUGGGCAGGGCUCCUACAGCCCAGCUGAGUACAGCUCCCUGCAUCCCGCCGCAGCCGGGGGGUUACCUCCUGCAGGUACCGGUGGCACACAGCAGGGCUCCCCCACCAGCCAAAGGCACAGCUCUUACGAAUGGAUGAGGAAAACGGUGCAAGCUAACACUACUGGUAAAACAAGAACAAAAGAGAAGUACCGGGUUGUUUACACAGACCAUCAGAGACUAGAACUGGAGAAGGAAUUUCACUGCAACAGAUACAUUACAAUAAGGAGAAAGUCAGAACUCGCAGCAAACCUUGGACUAUCUGAAAGACAGGUAAAAAUCUGGUUCCAGAAUCGCCGAGCCAAAGAAAGAAAAAUAAUCAAGAAGAAAAUCUCUCAAUUUGAUGGCAGUGGGGGCUCAGCUCAGAGUGACUCCAGUUCACUCAGCCCAAAUGAAAUAACAAGUUCCUUGUUCCCACCACCACACGGAAUAAAUGUAUUACAGUCUACUGACAUCCAUCAGGUCAUAGUUUCAGAAUGA